GGAAUAAAGGCAGACUGUAUGCAUAAUGAACCAUGCUAUGGUUUCCUGCCCCUCCCCUCAUGCUGCACCUACAGUACUCUGAAACAGGAAAUUAAAAGUCCCCUUUUAGCAAAAGCAAAGAUCAAGGUAGUACAUGCUCAUUGUUUUCUGAGAGGAACUGCACAAACAGUGCAGCAUAGCAUGACCCUGAUCUCAUUAGUUUUUAGUGUAGCUUUCUGCGCUCAGAGGCAAAAGCAAAGGAGCCCCAACCAACUUGUUACAGAAACCCUGAAGUCUGCAAUGCAGCGGUGUUUAUGAGAAUCAGCCUACGCUGUGUGAGUUUCAUUUGACUGCACUGACAAAACAAUCUGCAAUGAUGAAUAUGACAAACUGCAGCAUCCCUUCAGCGGAGUACCAGUCCUACCUUUUCCCAGCAGUCUACAUCCUAGCUUUGGUUGUAGGUCUGCCUGGAAAUGUGGCUGCUCUGUUCGUCUUCACCUUCAGGACCAAACCUCGCACAGCCUUCAGCGUGUACAUCAGCAAUCUGGCUCUGGCUGACAUCGUCAUCCUCUGCACUCUACCCUUUAAGAUCCACUACCACAUCAACAGAAACAACUGGGUUUUUGGGGACAUCGCCUGCCGCAUCACCGGCAUUCUGUUCUUCGCCAACAUCUACAUGAGCAUCUGUUUCAUGACUUGCAUCUGUGUGGAUCGCUACAUGGCCAUUGUGCAUCCGCACACCUACCUGAGGCUGCAAAGCCCCUGGUGGUCUGUGGUGGUGAGUGCGAUGCUCUGGUGUGUCGUCGGAGUGGCUAUUCUGGUCUUUAUUCUCAUGGGACCUCUGGAAACCAUUGAAGACAAACCUGGAAGCCGCACGUGCUUUGAGAACUUCACCAAGAAUGAGUGGAACUCUCGUCUGGCGGCGUACAGCCUCCUGUGCCUGACCCUGGGCUCCCUGUUGCCCUCCUUGAUCAUCCUGGUAUGUUACCCUCUGGCUGCAAGGCGUAUUUCCACGAUAAAGACUAAAACCGCCCAAAAAGCCGUGAGGGUCAUUUACACCAUCCUGGCUAUAAUUCUGCUCUGCUUCCUGCCCAACCACGUGGUCUACCUGCUGCACCUCCUGCGACGCAUGGGCAUCAUCCAGAGCUGCUCCGCUGCCGAGGUCAUCUACCAUGCCAGACGGGUCACCAUGGCGCUCGUCACCCUCAACACUUGUUUGGACCCAGUGCUUUACUAUGUCACCACCAACCACUGCAAAUGGAAGUGCCCAAAGAUGAUAUGCCAGUGGAGAAGAAUCAGGAAGCGCAGGGGUGUCUAUAUCAUCACAGUAGAUGAGUAAACCGAGAGGGGUAAGAG